CCUCUUUGCAUUUCUGUACCAACAUAUUAAAAUGAAUAUCCUGCCACAUAAAAGCUGGAAUGUGUACAAUAAAAAGAAUAUCGAGAAAGUACGCCGCGAUGAGGCCAAGGCCCGGGAAGAAGAACAACUCAAAGCAGAAAGGGCUGCACAAGCUGAAAGCGAAGCUCGUUUAGACCUACUAAGAAAACGCGCACUAAAAAAACAAGAGCAUGUGCGAUCUACUUCAAAUUCUUCUCUCGUACCACAGCCUUCAACAGCACCACAACAUAUCAAUCUUUUCGAAGAGGAAGCGAAAGAACAUGCUGAGAACGAGGAACAUCUUGCAGAGCAAAAGGCAAAAGAAGAUCAAUGGGAGCGACAAGUUACAAUGUAUCUUGACAAGGAUGUAAACAAAGAAUCUACACCUUGGUAUGCUAUUAAGGAGUACGAUCGCUACGGAAAUUCAUCAAAAGAUAGCAAGAAAGGGAAGCAUGACAAUUUAAAGGAUGAGAGGAGAAGGAGAAGGAAAAGGAAACGAGACCCGAUUAAAAUAAAUGAAGAUCCGUUGGUGGAAAUACGCAGUAGCUUGUCAAAAAGAGAAGAAAAACGCAAGGAGCGCUAUUCGCGGAUUAUGAAGAAAGAUAAAAAAGAGAAAUCCUCCAUGAAGUCAACUUCAGCGUCACCAUCCAUCGAAGCACUGCGAGCACAACGACUAGAACGCGAACGCAAGGAACGUGCUAGGACAAAAUCAUACAUCUAUGGUGAGGUUCAAGACGUAAAGCCUCCAGUCGAGGAAGAGCGAUAUUCUUCUCAAUUCAAUCCCACCGAUACUGCAGAAGCCAGAAAAAGUCGACUGCAUCGCCGUCAGCCUUAUCGCUAGCUCAGCUAGCAAUUGGUGAAGAGGACAAUGAUUAUAAUCCAUUAUUGAUGGUCACGUUUUGACGCACUUCCAGCAAACCGCAUUGUAUAUGAUACUUUUAAUUAGCGUUGUCUCACGUUUUACAAAGUCUCAUCUUGGAUAAUAUUCUUUCGCAAGUGAUCAGAGCUGGAUGCAAUGAUAUAUCAAACAUUCCUAAUUUCGAAUUUACAAUCUUUAUCAGAGCCAUAGUUGGGCUCGUCCUUCAAAC